AUGCUAGUCAAGAAUGUGGUCAUUAUCACCUCACAGUCUUUUGAUGUGAAUGACGUAAUGGCGAGCAUGUGGCAGCAAGGACUUACUGCCGAGAUCUUUCGUGUCUCUCAAAAUGCUGGCCAAAGCAGUAAUCCAGCCAAGGUUCUCAACAAGACAGCGAAAGAGGAAAGUUUCACGUGGGAUAGUGUGAACUGGAAAUUUCUGUACGGGAGAGCCCCGCUACAGAGAUUGGAAACUGCUACUCUUGUGUUGGGUCCAGCCACAUGGGCCGCCAGGUCUGCUAUUGAGGUCGUGUCACGGUUUGUCCUCGGAAGGUGGGACUCGUUGCUCGUGGUCCCCGUUGGAGAAGCCAGUGAUAUCUACGAGCUUCCGAAACAUAUAGAUCUGGGAACACGUGUGGCUGUGAUACAACAGCUUCCUCGUCGAGAGCAGGAUGAAAAGCAGCAGAGAUGUAGCGGCACGGUGAAGGAGGCGCGUCUGGUGGGUCCUAGACGGUACGCAUUAAAGUCGGUAGGAUGUUGGCGUAAUGGCGAGCUCUCCCUAGAACCCCAUUUUCUUCGCCCCAUCAACUCCUUCAUGGGUUCCACGCUAACGGCUGGAACACUCAAGGGCAUUCAAGAUGUCAUAAUAAAACACGACGGGGACAAGGUUGUGUAUGACGGCGUUCUCGGAAGUUUUUUAAUGCAUAUAACCGCCAACCUCAACAUUUCCCUGGAAUUCUCUGAGUACGCAACUGUGGGCGGUUUGGAACCAGACGGUACGGCCACAGGGUUGUUAGGAGGGCUGUACACAAGGUCGUUCGAUUUUUGUGGGGUCAUCAUCUCUAUGUUACCAACGAGGGCACAGCUCAUAGACUACAGCUUCUGCUUCGUCAUGUAUGCAGCCAAGUUUAUUACAAAACUUCCGCAGCCCAUAGUGGACCAAUUUCUGCUGUUCAAGAUUUUCAGGUGGCAGGUCUGGUGCACUAUUCUCGGUUUCUUGUGUCUUUAUUCCAUUAUAUUAACGAUAGUUUGGGGAAUUUUGGAAGGAGAGAAUACCCUGCCGUGGACGAGUACGAAACACAUCCGUAACGCCGUUACUGCGACCUUCAAGGCAUCAAUCUACAUGGGGUCUUCUCACCUGCCCAAGAGCUUCUCGGCAAGAAUAAUCAUGACCUGCACGUGGCUUGUGAUGAUCAUGGUGGUAACAGUUUACAGUGGAAACCUAACUGCCUUCCUGUCCAUCCCGCGCAUGUCCAGGGUGCCUAACACUGUCAGGGAGAUGAUCGAGAUGGGGUAUGAUAUGUCCAUCGGCAAAGGAUACUCACAGUAUAACAUAAUGAAGUCAUCCCCGAUCGAGGACCAUCAGUAUAUCUUCCGGACCGCUCGGUUUCGCCAAGAUGUAGGCCUCACCCCUGAAAAAAAAAUCGUGCAGGAAGUUCUCACCGAGCCUGUCGCUAUCUUGGUGAGCAUCGUAGCACUAACAGAGGUACAGGACAUGAAUGCUGAAACAGUUGGCGCCGAGCUGGUGUGUCGUCUGAAGGCAGGCACGGAGCCACUCUACUUCCAAUACGGUUCCAUUGCCUACCCUCAGAAUUCUCCUCUGAGGGAAGUUAUGGACAAACAAUUAAUUAUGGCGUUCAGCGCCGCCCUCGUCACCUAUCCUCCUCCUAAGUGCCGUUCUGACAUACAAGUUGAAAAGGAAAAGGAACCUCUGGGAAUCGUCAUUGUGAGCGGCGUCCUCGCUGUCUGGGCGGUCGGUAUCGUCCUCUCUAUUCUCCUUUUCCUUGUGGAGAUUAUCUUCUAUGCAAGCACCUCGGACUGAAGGGCAGUUUUUUCGUUCUCUCUCUCGCCGGAACCAGAACGAUGCACUGUCACUUGCACUGUCAGUUCUUGGAGAGACUUUCGAGAUAAUUGAAUGUACGAGACCUUGGUCUUAACUUCAACAUUAUUUUUCUUAAGCACAGGGAAGUGUCAUAAGGAGAGCCACUUCGGCAAAAUCUUAACAUUUCCUGCAAGACCAGUAAAUUAUUUUCCAGACAAUAUGGUUACAGAUCUCUCUCCAAUGGUUUUGUCUUGACACACUCAGAAAUGUGCUAUUAAUUGAAGAAUAACAAUGUAAUGCAUAGGCUGUAUUAAGUGUUUGUUUUUGCAAUUAUAAUACCUUUGUCACUAUGUCGUACUGACAGCUUUAAUUCCCGAUAUGCAUCUCCACAACCUUAGGUGUUGGUCUCUGAACACU